CAGUCGAGGGAUCAUUCAAGUCGUCGACAAGAAAACAACCGACAUGAACCGCCUGGUACUCCUGUUCGCGCUGGUCGCCAUCGCCUAUGCCAGACCUGAGUCGGAUCUGAUUGAUCAAGAUGUGGGUUCUAUCGUAGGAGAUGGUGAUGAUAAACUAAGCGACGAUCAAAUCGCAGCGAGCCUUAUUCCGCCCAAACAAUCCGGUGUGGACUCCAACGUACAGGGAAUCGAAGAUGAUCUCUCAGUAAGCUUGAUUCCAGUAGAAAAUGGUGCUGCCGCCCGCAUAGGCGAUCUAAGCAAUGACGGGAACUCGGAAGAUUAUCUCAGAGCAAGCUACAUACCAAUCAAAAAUGGUGCUGCCGACCGCAUAGGCGACCUAAGCAAUGACGGGAACUCAGACUCCAACGUACAGGGAAUCGAAGAUGAUCUCAGAGCAAGCUACAUUCCAAUCAAAAAUGGUGCUGCCGACCUCAUAGCCGACCUAAGCAAUGAUGGGAACUCAGACUCCAACGUACAGGGAAUCGAAGAUGAUCUCUCAGUAAGCUUAAUUCCAGUAGAAAAUGGUGCUGCCGACCUCAUAGCCGACCUAAGCAAUGACGGGAACUCAGACUCCAACGUACAGGGAAUCGAAGAUGAUCUCAGAGCAAGCUACAUUCCAAUCAAAAAUGGUGCUGCCGACCUCAUAGCCGACCUAAGCAAUGAUGGGAACUCAGACUCCAACGUACAGGGAAUCGAAGAUGAUCUCUCAGUAAGCUUAAUUCCAGUAGAAAAUGGUGCUGCCGACCUCAUAGCCGACCUAAGCAAUGACGGGAACUCAGACUCCAACGUACAGGGAAUCGAAGAUGAUCUCUCAGUAAGCUUGAUUCCAGUAGAAAAUGGUGCUGCCGACCGCAUAGGCGACCUAAGCAAUGACGGGAACUCGGAAGAUUAUCUCAGAGCAAGCUACAUACCAAUCAAAAAUGGUGCUGCCGACCGCAUAGGCGACCUAAGCAAUGACGGGAACUCAGACUCCAACGUACAGGGAAUCGAAGAUGAUCUCAGAGCAAGCUACAUUCCAAUCAAAAAUGGUGCUGCCGGCCGCAUAGGCGAACUUAGCGACCCCAAAAGUCACCACUGAUGACAACGUCAGCCUGUAAGUUAAGGUGUUAACAUCAGAGCGUAACUAUAUUAAAUGACUAUUCAUUAUUAUGUUAACUGUUUACUUUGUUAAAUUCAUUUUGUGUUUUAUUUUUGAAAUAGAUUUUUGAAGCAUU